AUGCAUCAAGCGUUUCUCAUAACUUUAAAGCAAUAUAUACUAAAAGAUGAUUGUGACUUAAUAAAAAACGAAAUUAAUCGUUUUUCACAAGUAAACAAUCAAGUGAAUAUAAUAAACAAAAAAGACGAACACUGUGAUACACUUAUACAUUUCGCUGCAAGGCAUCAUGCAAAAAAUGCGUUGAAAAUUUUGGUAGAAUUUGGUGGUGAUGUGGCGAGUGUUAAUAUUCAUGGACGCCAGCCACUCCAUGAAGCUAUUGAAGAUUUAGAAUGUGUACAAUUUCUGUGCCGACAACCAAAUAUUGAUGUUGAUUCAAUGAAAGGUCGACUUCAGAUAGUAAAAGAAUUGAUCUCGAAGGGGGCAAAUGACAAAUUAUUAAACAAAGAUGGAUGGAAUAGUCUUCAUCUCGCAUCAAAAGAAGGUCAUCUAGACGUAGUUAAAUUCCUUCACGAAAAAUCACCAGAAUCCUCCCUUGUACCCAGCAAUUCUGGUCGGCUACCAAUCCAAACGGCUGCAUUAUGCAAUCAUCGUGAAAUAGUUUAUUAUUUCUUGGCUUCAUCAUCACAAGACUCUAUAAAAUUCUUGUUAUCUGCAAAAGAUAAUUCUGGACUCAAUUUGCUUCAAAACGCUGUAGUUUCUGGAAACCUUGAGCUUGUUCAACGUUUAGUUGUGGAAUAUGAUGUUUCAAUUACGGAAAGGGACAAAUUAGGACGACAAACGAUUCACCAUGCUGCGAUGACAGGAAAUGUUGAGGUGGCUAGAUUUUUGAUGAUUCGUUGUUGUGAGAAUGAAAAGAAUAAAAAUGAGAAGAGGGUAGAUUUUAUUAACUCUCUCGAUGAGUGGGACAUGUGGACUCCAUUACAUUAUGCUUCAAAGCAAGGAUAUGAAGAAAUGGUAAAGUUCCUGGUGGAAGAGUGCGGAGCGAAGAUAAAUCCUAGAGACAAACUUGGAAGGACUCCUUUGGAUAUUGGCAAUAAUUAUUGUCUAAAUUAUGAAAAAUUUGACUCAGUAUAUAAGAACUGGCGUAGAAAAUACACUAAAGGUCUUUCGGCGUCUAUGUUAUUUAUAUGGGGUUUAUCCUCUUUUAUUUUCGGAACAUACGCGAUCACCGUUGAGCUUGCAAUUCCUUUGAUAGUCCAACAGGAACUUUAUGGAAUCUUAUGUCUGGUGUGUCAUGUUCAGUGCUUAUAUUAUAAAUGUGAAAAUGAUAAAGAUGAAAUAGUAAUCAUUGAAAAUGGAAGAGCUGAACAACAACCAUUGAUGGUACCAGAAAACGGAACGAUGCAAUAUAAUUCAAUCCAAAUCGCAGAGAACAAAUUAGAUACAAGGGAAGCGCGACUAUCUGGAAUUCGACAAGCAAAAUAUUUUACUUUGUUUUUGCUUUGGAUUUUGGGAUUCGGCUUUGCGCAAUUAUUUGGUGUCAUCCUAUUAAAAGUAAAGAUUUUAUUUAAGCUUAGAAGUUUGGAUUACGUUACUUCUUUAGAUAAAAUCACAUUCAAAUUCACAGAACUUAGGUAA